AUGAAGUGGCGUGCGACUCCCAGCGCCGUGCUUCUGCAUGCUGCUCUCAUACUACUGUUGCCAUGGUACUGCCUGGCACACCUCGCACAGCCUCUUCACUUCCCGACAUCUUUUGGACAGCCUCUUCAAUGCCUUGCUAAACAAGACCAUCUUCAAUCUGUUGCUGGAUCGUUAAUCUCAAGCCCUUUUGACAUACCCGCCUAUCAGAGAAUACGGAUCGCAACGGGGGCAGACGUUGAUGGCCUCAUGCCACUUCUACGGGCCUAUAUCCAGGAGCCCUCUCUUGCAGCGACGGUCACUGAGAUAAUUCUUGAUAUUGAUCGUUGGGAUGCGAAGACUUAUACUCCUUCGACGCCCGACCAGCUCACUAAGCAAGGGGUAGAAUUGUUCUCUCCAAUAUUCGACCGUGGUUACAGUGCCAUUGAGGACCAUAUACACAACUUGGAACUUGGCGAUGAACUUACUAGGGAUACGCUGUAUUGGAUUAGAUGGAAGAUAUACGAGCGAACGGGCGCCUGGAAAGGGCCAAUCCAUCUCCGCGACGAGUACAACUCCCGCUUUGCUGAAUCCGCCGCAGUUGUACUAUUUUCCAUCUGCCAUAACAUUUCCACACUAUACAUCGGAUACGUGGGCCCUCAUGAACGCCCAGUGCGUGAAUACCUCAUGAAAUCCAACUAUGGCCUGCUCCCCAAGCCUGGGCUGCAGAAGUUGAGGAAUGUUAUCGUGAUUUCUGGCACCGUGUGCGGUGACAUGGAUAACACCUAUGUAACUAUCGAUGUGCUGGAAUACAUCCAGUACUUUCAUCGGCUUCCUGCGAUUGAGUCCUUCACCAUAGAUGGCGUGCAGGAAUGGGAGCCCGAAAGGACCAUCUUCGUGCCUUGGACGAGCAACAUGAAGAAAAUCCACAUUGGACAUUCGGCCUUUUUGGCCCAAAUGUUUGACACGAUACUCUCUAUACCCAAGGCACUUGAGGAGCUGGAGAUAUCCGUGGGCGGGCUUUUCCUCUACCACGGCGACGAUGUCUUCUUCCACCCAUCGAGAAUGGGCAAAGCCCUCGAAGCGCACAAGAAGACGCUUCGGGUGCUGGACUUGGACAUUGACUGCGGCUUCCAAUUCGUUAACCCUGAACACUGGGAGCGUGAUGGCCUGAUUGAUUACUGGGGAUAUGACUGGGAGUGGUUCAAUUUCCACAAAAGCGUAUACGGGGAUGAGUAUUUCCAAAUGGAUGCCGACAUAUCGUCUGGGCCGGUGCAGGUGCUGAAGCCUAAGAGCGACAGGCCCGGUACGACGAUAGGGUCUUUCCACGCCUUUUAUGCCCUCACGCAUCUGAGUAUCAGCAUUAAAGCAAUCCUAGGCUACACGGAUCCAUGGGAGCCUCCUUACGAGCUCUACCGACUGCCUCCAUCUCAUCUCAUCGAUAUCCUUCCCCCAAGCCUUGAGUAUCUGUGCAUCUAUGGGUAUAUUCUGGGGGCGAAUCCAUAUUUUGACUACCAGAUCGAUGAGUUCAUGAAACACAGGGCGAAGCGGCUGCCCAAUCUGAAGGAAGUCUGGGGAGUGGAUGUGACGGUGCUUGGGGCGAGCGGGACAUACUCGGACUGGCCGGAUGACGUGUUUUGGGUGAGACCUGUGAAUAGACUGGACUGGAGGGAAGUCAGUCUUGGCUAG